AUGGCAUCCAACGAACCUGGACCGGUCAGGGGAGUUGGGCCAGUGUCCAUGCCGGAUGAGAAAAAGCCAUCUGCUACUGUUUCAAAGGCCGUGAAAUAUGAAAAUGUCUGUGUGUUGCCGCAAACACCACAGCUUAUUGCUCUCUUGACUAUGAUCCGAGACCAGCGGACCUGUCGAGCAGAUUUCGUCUUUUACUCCAACCGUAUUAUCCGUCUACUCGUCGAAGAAGGCCUGAACCACCUCCCCGUCGUGCAGAAGACAGUCACAACUCCAGUAGGCCAUACGUACGGAGGAGUUGGAUUCGAGGGUAAAAUAUGCGGAGUUUCCAUUAUGCGUGCUGGCGAGGCGAUGGAGCAGGGUCUUCGUGACUGCUGUAGAUCUGUUCGGAUUGGGAAGAUUCUGAUACAGAGGGAUGAAGAGACGUGCAAGCCAGCGUUGUUUUAUGAGAAACUGCCGCAAGAUAUAGCAAAGAGAUGGGUGUUGUUGCUUGACCCGAUGUUUGCUACCGGCGGCUCUGCUACCAUGGCUGUUGAAGUACUGAAAUCAAAGGGUGUGCCGGAAGACCACAUUCUAUUUAUAAAUCUCAUCGCUAGCCCAUCGGGGGUUGCUGAUUUUGCGGAGAGGUUCCCAAAACUCAGGGUUGUUACCGCUUUUAUUGACCAGGGUUUGGAUGAAAAGAAGUAUAUAAUACCCGGUUUGGGUGACUUUGGAGACAGGUACUAUACUCUUUAG